CCCGUCUCCUUCCUCCUCGCAUUCCUGCCCCACACAAAGAAGUCCCUCCCCGGCCUGCCUCUCGCCCGGCCCGCACAAAGGCUUGGCGCACAGGCCGGGGCGUCCCUCGCCCGCUCCCUCCCGAGCAAGCGCCGGGACCGGCCCCUCGCCGCGGCUCCGGGCGCCGAACCCGGGGAGGGUGGAAGGGAGGGGGGCGGCCCAGAGGCGAGCCGAGCCGAGCCGAGGCGGCCGGGGAAGCGGGAGGCGCACAUUCCUCCGCGCGGCGCGCCAUCGACUGCCCGAGCGCCGGAGUCGGGGCCGGACGCGGAGCGGGGCAGCGCGCCCCUCGCACCUCCUUCCCGCCGCCCCGGGCCGGGCGCGAUGCGGCGGGGCUGAGCGGCCCUGCCGGGAGACUCCCGGGCGCGGCUGCGAAGGGCCCACUCGGCCGGCCGGGGGAGGAGGGCAGCGAUGGAGCGGUCCGAGGAGGGCGCCCUGAAAGCCGGCAAGCUGCUGGCCAAGCUGUCGCUCUACGACGAAGGGCUCGGCCGGCGGAGGCGCGAGCAGGCGCCGUCGGCGGAGCAGGAGGCGCGGGCCAAGCGGCAGCUGAACGGCGGCGGCGGCGGCGCCCUGGGGCCCCCGCCGCCCUACCCGUCGGCCGAGGCGGCCCCGCCGGCGUGCCUCCUGGCGCUGCGCUCGCUGAACGGCGGCGGCUGCUGCGAGGAGGGCGCGCCGGGCCCGCGCUCCGAGGUGGCGCUGCCGUGCUACAAGCGCUACUCGGCCGAGGGCUACCCGCGCGGCUCGACGUGCUGCGGGCCGGAGAGCGGCGGCCGCUUCCCGGGCCCGGUGGCCAGCCCGCGCGGCAGCCUGGCGGCGCAGGGCCCGGCCGAGGGCGCGCUCAGCCCGCGCUCCAGCUACGCCAGCACGGCCAGCGACACCAGCAAGCACUCCAGCCCGCGCGCCAGCCUGACCGGCUCGUCCGACGGCGGCGGCGGCAGCAAGCCCAGCAGCAACCGCACCAGCGGCAUCAGCAUGGGCUACGACCAGCGCCACGCCAGCCCGCGCUCCUCGGCCGCCGGCACCGCCGAGCUGGAGGCGGCGGCCGCUCGCCACGGGCCGGCGGCCGGCGCGGCGUCGGGGGCCGGCGGCGGCGGCGCGUCCCUGGCCAGCCCGCGCUCCAGCAUCUCCAGCCACAGCUCGCGCAGCUCGCGCAGCUCCCGCGGCUCGACGGGCGCCUACCCGGAGCUGCAGCUGCCCUCGCCGCGGGCCUCGCUGCUGCCCGAGGACGGCCUCCUGCUGCUCCUGCCGCCCGCCGAGCAAGCGCCCCCGGACGCCUACCCGCGCCUGCACGCCCAGUCGCCCGCCGCCCUCGGCCCGGAGCCCGCCGCCGCCGCGCCCUACGGCCCCAAGGGGGCUGCCGCCAAGUUCCGGAUCCCCUACCAGGUCACGCCGUCGCGGGAGAGCGGGCCCAGCCCGGCGGAGAGGCGCCUGGAGGCGCUCACCUUGGAGCUGGAGAAAGAGCUGGAGAUGCACAUCAAGAGGGAAUACUUCGGCAUUUGUAUCAAGUGUGGAAAGGGGGUCUAUGGGGCCAGCCAAGCUUGCCAAGCUAUGGGGAACCUUUAUCACACCAACUGCUUUACAUGCUGCUCUUGCGGGAGAAGAUUACGAGGGAAAGCCUUCUACAACGUCAAUGGAAAAGUCUACUGUGAAGAAGACUUCCUAUAUUCAGGUUUUCAGCAGACAGCAGACAAGUGCUUCAUUUGUGGACAUCUCAUCAUGGAAAUGAUUUUGCAGGCUCUUGGGAAGUCGUACCAUCCAGGCUGUUUCCGCUGCGUGGUGUGCAACGAAUGUCUGGACGGCGUUCCUUUUACUGUAGACGUGGAGAACAAUAUUUACUGCGUCAAAGACUAUCACACGGUUUUUGCGCCAAAGUGUGCUGCUUGCAACCAGCCAAUAUUACCAGCACAGGGUUCUGAGGAGACCAUCCGGGUGGUGUCGAUGGACAGAGAUUACCACGUGGAAUGUUAUCACUGUGAGGUCUGUGGGCUCCAGCUCAAUGAUGAAGAAGGCCGCCGAUGCUAUCCUUUGGAGGGACACCUGCUUUGCCACACCUGUCACAUCAGACGCCUUGGUCUAAAAGUGCCACCGCCCUCUCCCCCUGGAUACCCAAUGCACAUCACAGAACUCUGAGUCGUGUCCAGAAGGAGGCUUCCGUGAGGGAGGAGAUGGACACACACAACUAUUUUUCAUUUUUUUAAAAAAAAGACAAAGCAGACAAGUUAUUUAUUGCCUUGAAGACUGAGAAGAGCGGCUCUCUGAGGGUACUGCGUGUGCACAGGCCUGGGGCUGCGUCUGUGUUCCAUUAGCCUAAAUAAUUCUUCCUCAGACUGGGUACUUGAAAAAAAAAUGCACCGCUCAGAUGUGAAUGUAAAACAUUUUUGAAUGCUGCGGUACAAAAAGAGGCACCCUUGACCUUGGCACGGUAGCUAUCUUGGUCCCCACAAAGCAUCUUCACGCCUUCUAGCAGUGCUUCAGGCAAGAGAAGACGAAUCCCAUUUUGCAGCCUGGCUUGAGGCAUUAAAAACCUACCCUUGCUGUGUUGGGAGGCCUGGAAGCUUUUGCUGGAAGACAGGUUGAUCUUUUUAUAAUGGCUUUCUGAUUCAAACAUGGUGUUAAAAGAAGGGAAGGCAUUCUGUACCACCUUUCUACCUCCCCAGUUCUAUUUCCUUGUGUUUCCAUGCCUUUCCAGCAAGAGAGAUGUGGAAGGUUUCUUGUGUAGGAAGCUUCGUACGGAGGAGGUUAUGAAAUGCAUCCUUUCAGGCUUUGUACCCCCAGGAGUUACAUCAGAGGAAUUCUAGGAUGUCUGGGAUCUCCCCCCCCCCCCCCCCGCCACAUGCACACACAAAGCAACAGAGCCAGAGUUCUGGUGGCAGAUGACCGAAGCUGCCGUGCCACAUUGCUGGUGGUUCACAGCUGCUCUAGCUGACUAUAGUGAUAGAUGCGGUUUGCUCAGAACAUCACAGGUUUAAGGGUGCAGGGAUCUUGCAAGGCCUACUGGGAGGUGAGAUAUUGCUGAGAGGUGGCAAGGAAAAGAGGUUUUGAGGCCUACAGUCUACUGCAACUUUGCCUGGUGCCUUUUGUGGUGUCAGAAGUGUCUUUGCCUUAGCAACUCUUGGAAUCUGGCUGUCGCUGGUUGUUGAUUUAGCAUUCUCCGAGUAAUCAUCAUAGUCUGAUAUUUUUGGCACUGCACUUAAGUAGAACAAAAUUAGAGUCCAGUAGCAGCUUACUGACCAACAAAAUUCUCUAGGGUUUAAGCUUUCGGGAGUUGACGCUCACUUGGUGAGAUGCAAAGAGGAAUGAAGUACGAUCAGCCUUUCUGUAGGUGUCAGAAGGUGGAAGGGGUGUUGCAGAGAAGGGCCCCUUGGAGUCGGGAUGCAGAGGUACAACACAAAAUAUCGAUUGAGCUUGAUUAGAGCUGGGAGAUUUGCAUAGAGGUGGGGAACUAAAAUUAGCAUCUGUACCAAGACCAGAAUCCUGUGUCCCUGUUUUGCCCUGGGGAGGGGGGGGAGUCAGUUGUCCUGAUCUUGUUGAUGAACUCUCCUUCAGCAAUCUUUUAUUUAUGUCAUGCAUCCUGACUCCAGCUGGCCCUUCUUGAGGAAAUGCCUCUCACCUUCUGACUGGGAUAGAAGGGCUAAUGGAUCGUAAUUCCUAUUUAAGGAAUCUUGGAAGUUGCUGUCAGGUCAUAGCUGACUUAUGACUACCUCUGCUGGGGUUUUCAAGGCAAGAGUCUAACAGAGGUGGUUUGCCAUGGCCUUCCUCUGUGUAGCAACCCUGGUCUUCCUUGGCGGUCUCUCAUCCAAGUACUAACCAGGGCUGUCUCUGCUUAGCUUCUAGGAUCAUACUGCCUUGGGCUAGCCUGGACUAUUCAGACGGCUCAAGAAGGCUUAUAUCCUAGAAAAUGUUAUUGGUCUUUAAGGUGCUACUGGACUUGAAUUUUAUUCUGUUCCUACAACCCAACACAGAUACCUACCUGACACAUAAGCGAUUCAUCUAUUUGCCCUGUUUCUGCUAAUCCUUUUAGUGGUCCUUCUGCCUAUGCAAACUUCCCCUUCUUUUGCCAUCAUGUUAAGUUUUUAGGGUUGGAUCCAGCCAGCUUUUUUUUGCUUACUCUCGCUCAGUUUUCCCUCCAUGCAUUAGCCCACGUGACUUCUGUUCAUUUUCAGCAUAGCCGUUUGGAGUGGCCAAAGAGUACACCUCUUUUCUUUGUUCGCUGGCAGGAAAGCUGGUUGGAUCCAACCUGUAUUGUUUUUGUUUUUAAAGGCAGCAGAUUUAUGUUGUGGUUUCAGUUGCAGAGAUGCUUUUCCCCCGGAGGUAUUUUUGAGCUGGUUCCAUCGUGAAUCCUCACAUACCCUAAGCCCAGCUCCUGAUAAGCCUGUGGCUUAUUCAUAACACUGAACUCCGUUGCACUUUUUGUACAGUGAGUCGGUUUAAUAGAAUUUCAUAAUAGCAGGAAAACAAUUGAUUCCUCUUUACAAACACAGAGCCAUUUUCCAGGUGGCCUUUGGCAGUUGCACCUUCUCCCCUACCCCCCCAAGUGUAGUAGCUCAGGAAGAAUAUUAAUCCUGCCACAUUUAAGACAUCAAAAAACUGUCUCCAAGAGAGUAGACCAUUUGGCACCAUUUUGUAACACGAGUGGGCAGCCCUGGAAAUCAGAAUCAGAUUGCUGUGAGAAUAUUCUAUCCUCUGCUCCAUCGGCCUGGCCUGUCCAUUUUUGCCAAAUUUGGCAUCCAGGUCUCUGCUCUUGGCCAGUCCAGUCUUGUAGCUUGUAAACACACUGGUAGAUUUCCUAGAAAUUCUACAUAGAAUGCACAUGUUCCUAUUUUGCCUGAUCUUUUACCAAAACCCUUAGAACUCUGGGACAUUAUGUGUCUUCCACAUAGGAAGGUCAGGUCUGUCUUGGUGUCUCUUUGUGCUUAAUAUCAAGUUAUCUACUGUACAUUGGGAGGCACGCAUGAAGACUGCUGUUUUAUCACACCUUUCAACCUUAAGCGUGUAUGGGUAUCUUCCAUAAAUAGACUCUGCGUGGUGUUUUCUGCUGCUAGAUACGUUGGGCCAGAUUUCUCAUCUGUGCAAACUGAUAGUUCUCUAAUCGCUGUAGAAAAACUCAGAAGGCCAAAUGAGAAUUGAAUGUUUCCGUUUUCUUGCUGUCAGGGGAGAAGAACCAAGCAACUUGAAACACCAGUAUUCUCACUUUCUUGGAAUUAUACGGGGGACACGAAGGAGUCCUAGAGAGGUGUCAAGUUCCUUCACGUUAGAAUGAAAGACUGGGACUUAUUUUUUCAAUUCCAAAACACUAUAAAAAGAUGAGGAAGAAUAUACCUGCACUCUCUCUGGUGAGAGGGAAAUUCAUCAGUUCAGGGAUAGCUUCUGGACAGGUGCAGGAUAAUAUUUUGCGGGCCCAGGUGCUGCCUUGAUGCAGUGAACCCUGGCUUCCUCCACUUUGCCCACCAUGUCUGCUGUACAAUGGCUUAGGAGUGGGGAGAUAAGCACAUUGUACAACGAGUUGUUAUUCAUGCCCCCCCCCCCCUGUAGGAAUUCCUUGUCCAGCCCACACUGUUUUUUCCUGCGCCUUCCUCAUGGUGUGCACAAACGUUUGGCUGAUCGUCGGAAUCUGUACCAACCCAUCAAAAACAAAAGAGGAUUAAAAUCUAGCUGAUUUAAAUCUUUCCCAUACAAAUAGUCUUGGCUGAGGGAUCUAAAGACGAGAACUGAAGAUGAUUUCCUCUGUGUCCUGUUUCCAACAUCUUGAUUGUUUUUAGCAGCAAAUAUAUCCAUUCAGGUUCCUGCCUUAAUUCUCAGCAGGUAGCACUAUAUCUAAAACAUGUAUAUACACUACUGUUCUCAGCUGUCAUCUUUAGACCAGAGUAAUAUUUAAUUUCACUUUUUAAAGACGUUUCAUUUUUUUUUCCCCUAGUCAUUCUCCAUGGCUUCAUAUUUUUGUGUAAAUGCUGAACGUUUUAUUUCUUGCAAGAGCGGUUUGUUCCCACCAGAAUGGAGCUAUUGUCAUUUCACUGUCUUUCUGCCGGGAGCAGAAUAGAUUGCCUUGCUUGCUUCCCUUGUUUAUCUUUAAAAAAAAAAAAGAGAGAGCAAGCUUGCUUGGACUUCUUUGAUUUUUAAGGAAACGGUAAACAGAAAGCUCCAUGUGACAACAUUUCAAAUGGUGUGCUGUAGGUAAAAUUAACAGCAAUUAUUAAACAUUUUCCCCUCUUGUGGGAAAUUCUUGACUUGUUUUUGCUGCAGCAGAAUUCUUCAACAGGGAUGGAACACUUCUAACUUUUGUGCCAUAAUAUAAUUAUUUAUUGGAAAUCUUUCCUUUUCUCUCUGAUUAUAUAUUUGCAUUACUGAAAAAAAAACCCCAGGGACUCCUUCCAUUUCUCACUUGCGGGGAACAAUUAAACAUAUUUCGGAAGAUCCACAAGGUCCCUUUUAAUAGAGUUCCAAAGGAAAGACCAAAGUAGGUAAGAAUUUGAAUAAGCCUUAUUUCAAAACCAAGAAGGUGCACAUUUUCAAGUUCAGAAUUUCAGAAAGUCCAAGAAUAGAUGGGAGGAGCGCUCUUGGACUAGAAGUUCCAGAAUAGUUAACUUAAACCAAAGCUUUAAAGAGAGCACUCACAAGCAGCUUUCUUGUGCCCCAAGGGAAUUUCACCGUGCAACUAAUGCCAUAACUAGAAUAUAUAAUUUGACUUAAAUUAAGUUUGUUUUUCUUGAGAAAUAUUUUCAUUUUCUUUAAAAGAAUAUAGUUUUCUUCCAAGAACUUGGACCAACGUUGAUUUUUAUUUUGUAGGAAAUAUAUAAAAGCCCAGUUUGUAUAUUAUGUGUCUAGUUUACAUGCUGCAAAUAUUUUAGGUUAUCUUGUUUGUAUAUAUCCUACAACCUUUUAGUACUUAGAUUGACUUGUGGGGUUUUUGUUUUGUCAUCUGGUUUUCUUGAUUUGUUGAAGAAAAAAAUUGGGAAAUGUAGAUUUAUUUAUCUAAAGAAACUACUUGCUAUGUCCUAAGUUAUUUAAUAUUAAAAAGUCAGAAUGUCAUUUAACCUUAGAUGUUAUAAUCUGCUUUUUCAAUAAAGAUGUUUUGUAGUUA